AUGUCUCUAUGCUCCGAUAUUCAUGAGCCAACAUACAUAGCUCGACAAAGAAAGGACUCAACGGCUCGGCCUAUCCGCAAACGCAUCAUCAUCUGCUGCGACGGAACAUGGCAAUCCGCCGUCUCAGGGCAGAAAAACGUCCCAUCUAACGUGACACGUCUCUGCCGCACUCUGAAUGGUGUCGGAACCGACGAAGACGGGAACCAAUGGCAACAAAUAGUCUGGUACGAUUCCGGAAUCGGCACAACCUCAGGUCCUUUGGGGAAAACACUCGAAGGCGCCGUUGGCCUUGGCCUGGAAGGGAAUGUUAUCGAAGCAUAUAACUUCUGUGUCCUGAACUACAGACCCGGCGAUCAGAUUAUGUGCUUUGGUUUCUCGAGGGGCGCGUUCACGGCCCGGGCCAUUGCUGGUUUGAUCUCGGAUAUUGGUAUUUGCAGUAAACAGAAUUUGAACCGGUUUCCUGACCUCUGGAAGGUUUAUAAGAAAAAUAAGCCCGGAGAGCGAUUCUACUGCAGUGACCUCUGGUUUCAGUGGAUGGAUGGGAAGGCUGAUGAGAAUCAGGGCGCUCGAGGCGAGACUUUUGUAUUUGAAAAGCGUCCCGAGGGUGACUGGGCUCAAGAGGGGUCAAGGGAUGUUGAAGUCGUUGGUGUCUUUGAUACGGUCGGCGCUAUUGGAAUGCCUGAGGUGCUGGGAAUUAAGCUGCCCUCGUGGGUCAUGUGGUGGUCGCCGCAUAAGGAUGGGUGGGAAAAUGUUGGACUUUCACCUAAUGUCAAACAUGCAUUCCAGGCUCUGGCUCUCGAUGAACACCGCAACGCCUUUUCGCCUACCCUGUGGUAUCUCCACAAAUUAGGAAACGUUACUUCAGAGCAGAUACAAAUCCAGAGGAAUAUGGUUCGUCAGAAAGCUAAAGAAUGGGACGAAAUCCUGCAGGACGCGAUCCGCCUGAAGGGUAGCGGCAAGGCUAAGGGCGCGGAUGUCAACAAUGCAGCUCGAAAGUUAAACGAAACUGCCAGAGCCUUGAACCAGGAGACUCGAAAGCUCAUAAAGUUGGAAGACGACCACAAGCACCAGCACCACCCCCGAACAUUGAAACAAGUGUGGUUCCCCGGUUAUCACAUUAACAUCGGCGGAGGAUCAAGUGAAACGCUCCAAGAUGAGGGUGACAUGGAAGAAAUGUCUAAUAUCACCUUCUACUGGAUGCUGGACCAGAUCAGACCCUACCUGUCGCUCAACGACCAGGCUCUCUCCGAUGAAAGAGAAGAGAGAGAAUACCACAUGUCUACGCUUGUCGAAAACACAGUCAAUAAUGGGAGCUUGGGAGGUUGGGCUCAACAAAAAGCUUCAGCAAUAGCCUCGGGUUUCAAGCCUCCCACGUCAUCCGUCGAGUCUGUGGAAAAGCGACGCAGCUAUGGCUGGGGAACAGGCCCGUUGGAAGACAGCUUUACGGCACUUUACUAUGCCAACGGCUCGAAGAGACGUACACCUGGAGGCUACGAUCCUUUCGACAAAGAUGGAAAGCUACUGGGAGAGACUUUUGAGUUUAUCCAUCCAGUGGUGGGAUUCAGGGAGAAGCAGAUCAAGGACUACACCCCGAUUGGACACAAUGUCAAGUUUGACCGUCGGAAGGCGGUUGACGAGAAGGGUCAGCCAUGUUAUGUCUAUGAUCUGGGCAAUACGCGCAAACCCUUGCCCGAGUGGCGCUUAGGGGGACUUGACUCUUAUGAGAGGCUCGCCAUCACCGGCAAGGCCGCUUAUGAUUAUGUCGACGAACUAGAUCUAUAUUUAAAGACCAGGAUCCAGACACCCCGUCGGUCUGUUUGGGGAAUUCAAGAUAUUGACCUUGGGAUUGAAGUGCCCGAAGUCACUGAGCCUGAAGCUCCUGAAGCUACUGGAGACUUGCAACCGGAGUUCAGAUCAGAGAAAUCUCAACAGAGAAGUUUUACAUUGACAGGAUUUGGGACCAAAGGAAUGCAAUUGAGGAGCUCAGAAAUUUCAUACACCGAGGAGACAGUCACCUUGAUGUGA